GUCCACGCAAUAAAGAGGCUCUCUCUCUCUCAUCUCUCUCUCUCUAGCUUCACUCAAAACUGAUUCUCUCUUCUGUCAUUUUAGGGCAAAGCCUGCUAUAAAGAAAUGAAAAUGACAAUUAGGGCUUUUUUGAUCCUAACUCUGCUGCUUCUCUCCUCAUCUUUCCUACAAGUUGCAAGAUGUGAGCCAGAUAUUGAUGCAGACGUUGAUUCGUCUGAGGAUGGAGGGGAUCUUGGGAUUGUUAAUGAUGAUGUACAAGAUUUUUCUGGGGGCAACUUUAGCCCAGCUGCUGGUGUGGAAACCGUUUGCGUUUUUCCCAAAAACCCCUCUAAGUUAAUAUCAGCUGGAGAAGAAAGUGAACUUCUUGUUGGAAUAAAAAAUGAUGGGCAAUCGGUUAUAAACAUUAUCGCAAUCCAGGCCAGUGUAUAUCUUCCAUUUGAUCACCACUACUUGAUUCAGAACCUCUCUACCCAGGCUUUCAACAAUGCAUCAGUUCCUCCAUCAGCUCAAGCAACUUUUCCUUAUAUAUUUGGUGUGAGCAAGUUCUUACAGCCUGGUGCUUAUGAUCUUGCGGGGACUAUUGUUUAUGAGAUUGAUCAACAACCUUACCAGAGUACCUUCUACAAUGGAACAAUCGAAGUUGCUGAAGUAGGCGGUCUUCUGAGCGUUGAAUCAGUUUUCUUGUUUUGCCUUGGUGUAGCUCUUCUUGGUCUUCUUGGAGUUUGGGUUCGCGGCCAAAUUCAACAACUGUCAAAGAAAACGAAGAGGGUUUCGAAGGUGGAAGUUGGAACCGGAACAACUGAUGCCUCGAUGGAUGAGUGGUUGCAGGGUACUGCAUAUACUCAAUCUCAGUCCAGCAAAUCAAAGAAGAAGAAGUAGAUGAGUAUUCGCUAACAGUUGACUGUACGCAAACACUGCAAACAAUGGCAACUAUCCUUGUAAGAAAUCUCGGGGGUUAAAACAUACGAGGAAAGAUGAAAAGCUCAAGUAGAUUUUUCUAAUUUUUUUUUUUUUUUACAUUAUAUUUCUUAAUAGACUAAUCUGGAAGUGAGCUUCCAAAAGGGACAGUUUUGUCAAUUUCUCGAUUAAGUCGUUUAAAAAUUCCGAGCUUGUUAAAUCGUCGUGUUUAGUGAAUUAGCGAGUAUCGUGUAGCGUCGGAUUAAAUAUUGAUGGGGCCAGAAACGUGUUAGAAGUUA